CAGUGCCUGUGGCGGAGAAGGCGGCAGCUUGCUCAAAUUGAACAGAGAGAAUUUCACUCAGCCGCAUUGCAUGGGUGCCCCUUGAGUUCAAACUUGGGACUCCUUGCUCUGCACAGACGAAGCUGGAGGUCUAUGUCAGCAGCCAGCCCCCCCGUGCUCUUUCCAAGAUUUGACGCCUUGGCCGCCAGCUAAACAGGCCCUUGCAGACAGUCCAGCUGAAGAGUUCUUCCAUGACGUCUUCCGCUCCACAUAUUUGCAUGAAUUUCGACGAUGCUAACAGUCUGCAUCUGUAACACAUGCUCCUUCCGGAGUAUAGAGGUCUAGGGGUUAGCUUUUGGGACCUGAAGGCCUCCUAGCGGGUAUCGCAAAUUGCUACAGGAUGAAGCAGGCCCCAUACUCUCUCACAAUGCUUUGCAAAUGAGGGCAGCUCUGCCUUUGACGGAAAGGCAAAAGGCAUUCUGCUUGCAGGAGUGCACUAGUGCUUCACAAUGAGUUGUCGCUGAGAAAAGGACGGUCUUCUUAAUGACCAGAUUUCAACCAUGGUGCAAGGAGGUGUGGAAAGGAAAGAUGCCUUCAAGAGCCACCUUCACAGCCACGCCCUGCGAUUUUCACUGGCAGGAGUCAGCAACAUGACAGCUGCAGCAAUCACGAAUCCUGUCAACGUUGUUAAAGUCAGGAUGCAGCUUGACGGGGCUCUUGUUGCUGGCCAGGAAAGGUACUACAAGGGCAUCUUCCGGGGCAUCGCACGCAUUGCACAAGAGGAGGGAGUGCUGGCGCUCUGGAAAGGCACCAGCGCCGCACUCCUGAGAGAGGCAUCUUAUUCUUCCAUCAGGAUGGGGGCAUAUGAGCCUCUCAAGGAGUUACUUGGCGCACAUGACCCCGCACAUACCCCCCUCUGGAAGAAGCUCGUUGCAUCCGCUACCGCCGGGAUGAUCGGCUCCGCCAUCGCAAACCCUACGGACGUCGUCAUGAUUCGGAUGCAAGCCAGAAGAGUUGAGUUGACGCAAAGUCAGGUGUUGCACCGGCCACAAGAAUACAAGAGCACACUAGGGGCCUUUCGGCAGAUUGCUGCGGAGGAAGGCCUGCGGGGGCUCUACCGGGGCGUCGGGCCUACCGUUCAGCGGGCGGGGCUUCUGACGGCAGCUCAGGUGUCCAGCUACGACCACACGAAGCAUCUCCUUCUGAGCAGUGGGGCCAUGCGGGAGGGCACCGUGUGUCACCUCACGGCUUCCAUGACGGCUGGGCUGAUCACCGCGCUGGUGACCGCGCCUGUCGACCUCGUCAAAACCAGGAUCAUGCAGCAGGCGAUACGUGUUGACGGAAGCAACGCAGGUGCGCUCUAUACGUCAGCGACCGAUUGUCUUCGAAAGACGUGUGCGACUGAAGGCUUCUUCGGCUUGUACAAGGGGUUCUUUCCUGUUUGGCUGCGCAUUGGUCCUCACACAAUAAUCACAUUUUACGUGUUCGAGAAACUUCGGAAGAGCUUUGGGUUGAAACCUAUGUAAUCAUGAUGUUCAUUAUACUCUUCCUUUCUGUGACCUCAUGCAAAGGGUUCUCUAC